AAAAAUGGUAUUUACUGCGAAAACGUAAACAAUGAUUGUGACAAAAUUAACAAAAAACAAAAACAACAACAGAACAGCUCGGAAGGACAGCAGACCAAAUUUUCGAAAAACUUAUUAAUAAAAUGGAUUUAGUGCCAGAAAACUCCUCCAGUGCAAACAAGAGAACAACAGCAGGCGGCAGGGUGAAAUGGAGUGCCGCGCUUGAGAGCCUGCUGAUUGACAUAUGGCAGGAGAAAAUUGAAGAUUUGCGCGGACCACGCAAAAAUUCACAUGUGUACAUGGAGAUGGCCGAGUCCAUGAAGGAGGCUGGGCUUGAGCUUGGAUGGGGCGAGAUAAGGAAAAAGCUCGAGAACAUGACCAAAAAAUACAGGAUUGAAAAAAAUAAAAUUGGACCGAGCGGCGGUGCUCCAUCUGGGUGGCAACAUCAUUUCUGGGGUGCUACCGGAUAAACAACAUGGAGCAGAGCACAUUGGACAACGACAAUCCUGAUGAGUACUUUUCGGAUAUUAUUGAGAUGGACCUGGACGGAUCUUGUAGCUCCAGCACCUUGUCUGGGCGUCCGUCAAAGAAAAAGAAAAAGACCGACAUUUCGUGGCUUGCAGAGAUCGCCCGGGAACGUCUCGAAGAACAGAAGGACCACCACAGAAAGAAGGAAGAGCACGACGUGAGGCAGGAGAAGAUGGUGCAGGACCUAAUCAGCACACAAACGAAAUUUCAAAAUGAUCUGUUGGAAGUGCUAAAAAAUAGAAACAAAUAAUAAUAAAUAAUAAAAAAAUAAGUUUUUAAUUUU